AUGGAUGCAGAGGUCAUCAUCACUACGCUCGGUGGUGGCAGAGAGCGUGACGUUGAUGGCAACAUGAUUCGAGUCAAGGAGGGCUUUGAGAGAAAUCUGUCCUCUGCACAAGCUUCCAUGAUGAAAGCAAUGCCCGUUGGCGUCAUCUUAGGCAAGUCAUUCCUUUUCGCAGGAACACUAUAUCUGGACAACAUACUCAUUUCCAAAUAG